CGGCGCCCGGGAGAUUGGUUCCAGACAUUUUUGAGUUUCCCUUUCAAAAGUGCUUUUUCAGCAGGAGAAAAGGCAAAGAUAAUCAGGUUAAACUCUUGAAUGCGUCAAUAACUUAUCACUUAAAACAUUGCUGCUUUUAAAUUGAAAGUUGCAUCAGAAAAAUCGUCACAAAAGCAAUUUGUCCGGAUUUAGGACACAUUCAUUGUUUGGAGUAUGGUCUGCAGAGACUGAACAUGGCAACCUAUCAGAUAAAGGUCCUCAAGGAAGGAUACUGCAAACCUGUUGAUAACAGUAAUUCGGUGUUCAAGGCUGAUGGCAGCAUCACGCUGAUAAAAGGUCGUAACCACAAUGUGAUGGUGGAUACUGGUUGUCCCACUGACCGUGAUUGCAUCUUGAAAGGUCUAAAGGAGAAUAGUCUCACCCCUGACCAGAUCGACUAUGUGGUGUGCACGCAUGGGCAUGUUGAUCAUGUUGGCAACCUCAACCUCUUCCAGAAUGCUACCCAUAUUGUCGGCUAUGAUAUCUGCAAAGGAGACCAGUACAUGAUGCAUGACUUCAAAGGGGGCAUCCCAUUUGAGAUAGAUGAUGUGAUUGAGGUCCACCCUACACCUGGGCACACGAUGUCAGACGUCAGUGUUCUCGUCAAGGGCACUGAAAAGGGAACUGUGGUGAUUUCCGGGGACUUGUUCGAGAUGGAAGAAGAUUUAGAAGACUCCGAUAUCUGGCAGAAUCAAAGUGAAAAUGCUGAGCUGCAGCAACAGAAUCGUAUAGAAAUGUUACGGCUUGCGGAUGUGAUUAUUCCCGGACACGGUCCAGCUUUUCAAGUGAAACACGAAUACAAGAGACAGUGUUCUUUCACCAUGAUGGGUAAUAACGACGAGGAGGAAAUGUGACUCUGUUCAGUUCGCGGCUCAGCUUUUCAUUUGAUACAUGAUAAUCAGAAACCGGUUUUAUUCAGUUUAUUUCACAUGAUGGAAUUGAGGAGAAUGUGUGAUUUGUCUGACAGGAUGGUGUACUUAGAUAGAGAGGUCCCUCUGUAAUUGAUAAUUCCUUUUGCUCACUGUACAGAGGGUUGAUCAAUCAGCUGAUAUUGGCAUAGGCUCCUAUACAGUCAAACUUAAUAUGCUUUCAUUUUGCUAAUAGGCAUAGGCUCCUAUACAGUUGAACUUAAUAUGCUUUCAUUUUGCUAAUAAGCUUGUUAACAAACUUCCAAAGUACAGACUGUGUUCUAAACGCUUAUUACUUAACUGAAAAUGUACAGCACUUUGUAAUGCUUCAGAUGCAGUUUCAUGGUUGGCCAUUAGGAGGCAUUGUUGUUGCAAGUGCAAAGGCACCAUUGUGUUGUGACUGGUGAAUAUUUUCAGCAGGGCAUCGG